CCUAGCCGCGGUUCCUUUAAGACGCUCUACGCCGUGAUUGGUUGUUACAAGCACGUGGUGUUUGUGGCGCAUUGAUCAAGAUGGCGGCGGAUCCAGCGCGAGUGUGGAACGAGGAGCAGCUCAAGACUGAAGAAGUGGCUAAAAAAGAGCUCAUCAAAUUCAUCCAGGACAACGCAGCACACUCGUUUCUAGCUGAACACAAACUUCUUGGAAACAUCAAGAAUGUGGCAAAGACAGCCAAAAAAGAGCAGCUUAUUGAAGCGUAUAACCAGCUGUUUGAGAGCAAGAGGAUGAUUUGGUGGAUGGUUCUGUGGCUGAUGUGUGUUUCUCAGAGGUUUAAGGGCACAGAAGUGGAGUUGGUGACAGAAGAGGUUCAAGCUGUGAAAAUCCACGACACUCCCAAAGAAAGCAAGAUAGAGGCUGUGGAUGAGGGUCCUCCGAAGUUCAUGAAGUCCAUCCUGAAGAAAGGAGACAAGACCAACUUCCCCAAGAAGGGCGACACGGUGAGCUGCUGGUACAGCGGGACGCUGGAGGACGGGACCGUCUUCGACACCAACAUCCCCGCAUCUGCUAAAAAGAAGAAACAGUCCAAACCGCUGAGCUUCAAGGUUGGGUUGGGCCGAGUGAUCCGAGGGUGGGACGAAGGUCUGCUGACGAUGAGUAAAGGCGAGACGGCGAGGCUGGAGAUCGAGUCGGACUGGGCGUACGGGAGGAAAGGCCUUCCAGAUGCAAAAAUCCCACCCAACGCAAAGCUGAUAUUCGAGGUGGAGCUGGUCUCUAUUGAUUAGUCAUUUCAAUCGUGACGUCUCGACCGACAGGAACCACACGACGAGCGCUGGCGGCAGUUUGGAGGGAACGUUUGUUUGAAAGGAUGAAACAUGUUCAUUAUUAUCACAUGUUGUUCAGUCUGACAGAGAAGUUUUCUGACUAUUUUUGCAUGGUUGUAAAGCUGCAAUAAACACAAACCCUGAA